CCAACGCACCAGACUGUAUCAUAAAGACAUAAAAAAAAAAAAAGAAAAAGAAAAUACACACACAGCUUCCAUUUCCCCCCACUUUCGAUCUACAAUGCAAUAACACUCUUGUUUUCCUUGAUUCAUCAACCAAAUUAGGGUUUCAAAAGUAGUAAUAUAAUCUAGGGGAUAGCUAUAUCUAUAUACAAACCUAAUAUGUCAAUUUAAUUAAUUAAUUUUUUUUUAUUUAUAAUAAAAUGGAUCCAAAGGCAUCAUCAUCAUCAUUCAGAUCUAUGGUGAGAACAUCAAACCCUAAUUCAUCAUCAUUAUUAUCAAAAACACUUUCAGAUGCAACUACACAGAACCUAUCUUCAAUUCUCAACAAUCCUCAUGAUUCCGUUUCCGAUGGGUCCUGGUCUUCCUGGUGGUCUUCUACUACUUCCGUCCAACUUCCUGAUUUCGCUCCGCCUUCCGUGUCCAAAACCCCUGGUAUCGAUCUCUCUCGAUCCGAUUUCGCUUCUUAUUUGUCUUCAUUAUCUGAUCACUAUACUCGUUUCGAAGAUAUUCGUAAUCACUCUAAUCAGGAAAACCUAGAUAAUCAUGAUAAUGUUAGUUAUAGUUAUAAUGUUGAGGAUGACGAAAGGGAUCGGGAUAGAGACAGGGCAGGGGAAGCGUUGGUCGCGUGUUUACGUGAAGUGCCUGCAUUGUAUUUUAAGGAGGAUUUUAGGCUAGAGGACGGAGGGACGUUUAGGGCCGCUAGUCCGUUUACGAAUGUAGGGGAGAAUAUGAUGCUGCAAGAGAAGUUGUCACAGUAUUUAGAUGUGGUGGAGUUACAUUUGGUUAAGGAAAUCUCGUUGAGGUCCAAUUCCUUCUUUGAAGCUCAAGGACAGUUGGAGGAUUUGAGUUCUAAGAUCGUGGAAGGAUGUGCGAGGAUUAGGGAGUUGAAAGAGACGAUUCGGCUUUUGGAUGUGGAUUUGGUGGAUUCGGCUUGUCAAGUUCAUGAUCUGAAUGCGACGAGGAGUGAUUUGUUGGCAUUGCAGGAGAAGCUUCGGCUUAUUUUAUAUGUUAAUCAGUCUCUUGCUGCUCUUAAGUUGCUUGUCGCAUCGGGUGAUUGUGCUGGAGCUUUAGACGUCACUGAUGAUUUGAAGCAUUUUCUGGAUGGAGAUCAACUGACUGGCCUACAUUGUUUUCGUCACCUCGAGGAUCAUGUAGCUGCUGCAGUAGAUUCUGUAAAUAGCAUUCUUUCAGCAGAAUUUUUGCGGGCAUCUAUUAAUGAUGUCGGGGAUAAGGAUGUGACAAUAUUAUCCAAAGCAAAAGCAAGGAUCGCCUUACAGGGAAAUGGAGAAGAUAAUGAAGUACAGUUACAUCAAGAAGAUACCUCCAGUUUUCAUGAUCGACUGCUACCUCUAAUUAUAGGGUUACUUAGAACGGCGAAGCUUCCUACUGUGUUGAGAAUAUAUCGUGAUACAGUUACAUCUGAUAUGAAAAUGGCUAUAAAGUCUGUUGUUGCAGAGCUGCUUCCAGUUCUUCUUGCCAAGCCACUGGACUCCGAUCUUAAGUCAGGCGAUCGAAUUGCCGAGGCAGAUGGUGGAGGAUCGUCGCUUGCAAGUAAGUUAAGAAGUCUGUCUUCUGAAAGCUUUGUUCAACUUCUUGGCACCAUUUUCAAAAUUGUACAGGCACACUUACUUCGAGCUGCUGAAGUGAAAAAAGCCAUUGAGUGGAUAAUGUCUAAUCUUGAUGGUCACUAUGCUGCUGAUUCAGUUGCUGCUGCAAUUGCUCAUGGUGCAUUGAGUGCAGAAGCGCCUACAGUGGGUGAUGGUCAGUCUGGAUCUUUUCCUCUUUCGAAUCAAAGGAAUGUUAUCAAGGUUUCUCCAGUCCAGCCAAAAUGGAAUGAUACCACAAGUUCAUCAAAUUUGUCGAAAAAUUUCAGAGCGGAUGUACUGAGAGAAAAUACAGAAGCAGUGUUUGCUGCUUGCGAUGCAGCACAUGGAAGAUGGGCAAAGCUGCUUGGUGUCCGGGCACUUCUUCAUCCAAGGCUGAGGCUACAAGACUUCCUUAAUAUAUAUAACGUAUCCCAGGAUUUCGUUGCUGCAACAGAGAAGAUUGGUGGAAGGUUGGGAUAUAGCAUUCGCGGAACAUUGCAGUCUCAGGCUAAAGCUUUUGUUGAUUUCCAGCAUGAAUCAAGGUUGACAAAACUGAGAGCAGUGCUUGAUCAAGAAACAUGGGUUGAAGUAGAUGUUCCUAGUGAGUUCCAGGCCAUAGUCGAUUCACUUUUUAGCUUGGAUUCUUUGGUUGGUGACUCGGAUGAUGAUUCUAAGAGCAUGUCUAAUAGCUAUAAUGAAAUGGUUUCUGGUGAUGCUGAACAGCCAUCUCGGUCUGUUGAUGGCAUUGCAGAUGGCACUGGACAGGCUAACAACAUAAAAUUAAAGAAUGUACAUGGAAAAUCUUCGACUCAAUUGAUUUCCUUCAGAGGUGUUGGGUACCACAUGGUAAACUGUGGGUUAAUAUUGCUGAAGAUGUUGUCUGAGUACAUUGAUAUGAAUACUGUUUUACCAGCACUUUCAUCUGAGGUUAUUCACCGUGUUCUUGAAAUGUUGAAGUUUUUUAAUACAAGGGCUUGCCAGCUUGUUCUUGGUGCUGGUGCCAUGCAGGUCUCUGGGUUGAAGUCUAUUACAUCCAAACAUUUGGCCCUGGCUAGUCAGGUCGUCAGUUUCGUGCAUGCUAUUAUCCCUGAAAUUCGAAGGAUUCUUUUCCUGAAAGUACCCGAGACGCGAAAAAGCUUGCUGUCAUCAGAAAUUGAACGAGUGUCACAGGAUUAUAAAGUGCAUCGAGAUGAGAUACAUACAAAACUUGUGCAAAUAAUGAGGGAAAGGUUGUUAGUUCAUCUCCGUGGACUCCCACAAAUCAUUGAAACAUGGAAUCGAUCCGAUGAAACUGAUGUACAACCCAGUCAGUUUGCCCGAUCACUCACAAAGGAAGUUGGAUAUCUUCAGCGUGUGCUGUCUCGGACUUUGCAUGAAGCGGAUGUUCAAGAAAUAUUCAAAGAAGUGACCAUUAUCUUCGACAUACAAAUAUCUGAUGCAUUUUCAAAUGUGGAUAUUAGCACUCCUCAAGCAAAAGCCAGGCUUAAGUGUGAUAUUCAGCACAUUCUUGGAUGCAUUGGAUCAUUACCAUCUGCCAAGUUAAAUGACUCUGACGCCCCGAUUGCGGGACAACUUGAGUCCUUGGUUCAAAGAAUAUCUGCCGAGGCCGAUCAUUAGUAUAUGCUAGUUUUCUUAAACAUUCACAAGAUCGAGCAUAUCUCUUCUUAGAAGAUCCAUUGAAAUGCAAAUGAUUUUGAGGCAAACCCAUAGGUGCUUGAUCGGUGCAAUUCUCACUACAAUUUUUGCGAGGCUGCUUUUGUUAGUAGGGUGUACGGGAAUGUAUAAUUUAUCGUACAGAUGUAACAGGCUGUUUGAUUUUGUUGAUGCUUUUUAUAUUGUCAAGAGGUCAGGUAGUGAAUUUGUAUUGGCCACAAUUCUUUGUGUACGGAUAUAAAGACUACAGUCAAAGAGUAGAUUGGACACACACAUGAAUAUGAAUGUGAAUAUGAAUCCUAAUUGAACCCA